AUGGUGCUCCCGCUGUUCUCAGAAAAUAGCCUCUUAUCCCGACUGACUUCCAUUUUUCUUGGCUUUGCUCCUCCAUUCCUUCUUCUCUCCAUCGGAUAUGAAGCUCUAUUCUAUGCUGGCCUUGCUCUUGUACUUAUGGCAUGGAUACUAUUUGAGAAUACACUUCUCAACUUAAAUAUUGUGAACAAGUCAUCAGAUUCCACUAAAAGUUUUACCCAUCAUCUCAUCCAUGGAUCUGAUAAUAGAUCUUUGCAGUUAUCUGAUGCAAGGAUCCCGUUGGUCUUUCUGUGCAAACUUAGCUCCAGUUUGUUAGAGAUGGUUCUAUUCAAUGUUGCUUUUUUUGGAACGGGAAAUUUUGCAAGUAUUGCUAGUUUUGAGAUUUCUUCUGUCUAUCGGUUCAUCACCAUCUUUAGUCCCUUCCUGAUGGCAGCGCUACUCAUCUUCAACACAACACAAAAGUUGACGACAAAAAGUGGAAGACAACUGUGUGAACAAAGGUGGAUGUCCGUGGAUGGUGACCAAGCAACAAUGGACAGCAGUGGUCGGCAACAAAUAGUGACAACACUGACGACAAUUAGACAAAGGCAAGCAGAGUAG